UGGAAGUCGCUUGGCCAAAGGCAAUGAUUUUACAGUUUGAGUCCGAACCUGAACCUGAACCCAUGCCAUAAUCAGUAUACAUAUUGCGCAUAAUUCUCGUUUUUUAGCGCAUAAAAAUCCUAGACCUAAUUAUUAUUACCUAGCCUUAAUCUUAGAUGUAAGUUGUAAAUAUAUUUUGAAAUAAAAUUCCCACCGUCUGAUGCGAAUUGGGGGCCAAAAAAUAAAAAAAUUCCAACAGAACUGAGAUUUUGAAAGAAAAAAAGAUUCAUCAAUCCUUCAUACAUUUUCAAAACAUAUGUUCGUGCUCGUUGGCUGUUGACACAUAUUUAUUUGCUCAAGUACCUAUUUCUUAAGCACUACGCAAAUCGUACGUAGGUGUAUAAUAAAGAUCUGGGAACAAUGAUGUCAGUAAUGUCACACACACGAUUUCACUGCUAUCGAAAAUAAUUUUUUGUUCAGUUUUCAUAUGGUACCUAUUAUUCAUUUUAAACGUAUCAAAGAGUGCAAGGUACAUUAUUUUAUACUCAAGCAAGACUGGAUAAAUAAGACAUGAGUCAAAUGAUGGAUUCGCCAAAGUUUUUCUUCCUUUUUGUUUUUACUAUCGUCUGUUAUUUCAAUGUAGUAGUCGCAAAUGACCCAUUCUAUCAAGCUUUGAUGUUCAACUACGAAACCCUGAAACUGCAACAACCGAGUAAGCUUACUGAUGACAAUGAAAAACGCACGAAUUGCCUAACUGCCUGUCCAGAUGGACCAAAAUCAGCGCAGAUAAUUAAUAUACGUUUUUCUAAAGCUGGAGAUAGCGUUUUCUUGUAUACGAAUCACGAAAAUGUAUUCAUCAGGGAUGUAGAAUCUGAAAUUUGUGCAAACCCGUAUAAAGCGUCGAUAGUUUUAGACACGUCGACAAAUACGUAUGAGACUGGUUAUGAGCUCUACUAUGAUGUGGUUUCGGUUGAAUUGAAAUGCGGAAAAUACGACCAACUUCAAAAAGUGCAGAUUUUCAACGAUGAUGAAAGAAAUAAAAAGCAAUUACUUGGUGUAGAAAACAUCAAAGUGGACAAAACGGAAUCUCAAGGAAAUACCAAAUUUAAAGUAUUCGCUUCAGAUAGAAGAACAUGGACAUUUUACUGGAUAUCAGUGUUAUCUAUUCGUAUCUCUGGGUACAGACGACAAAUAUCUUUCGCAGGAGACACUAUUAAUUAUUAUCAUUCUUCUUCGACAAUGUCCAUGUGCAAAGAUUACAAUUUAGGGGACGAAAUACAUAAAGUACCUUCACAAGCUUGGCAGCAAUUUCAAGAAAAACAGUCAUCAACUUCACCUCCAAAGAAAAAACUAAACAGCGCUACUCUCGAAGAAAUCCAGAUAAUACCAAUGCGCUAUUUUCACACACUUGCAGCCAAGCUCGCUACUUGCAUUCAUUUAAAUAUCGCAUACGUUUGGAGAUCAAUCGCCAUACAGCAAUAUAAGGAAGUUGAUUUAUACUUGUACUCGAUUUACAAACUGUGGCCUUCCAAUGUUAAUAUAAUUUUCGGCGUGGAAGGCGCCUCACCAGAUAUUUCUGAUACUCGACUUGUAAGAAUAAAUCCACCUAAUAAUGAAAUUUUCAAAAAGUUUCCAUUACCAAUACCCAGAAUAAUAUAUAGAAUUUUCGAGUACAAUUUCAGCGAUGUAACUUAUAACGCCAUCGUCAUAAUUCAUAACACUCAGGAGACUGUAAAAAUAGACGAAAGAAUCUGCGAUAAAGAACAAGAAGUGAAGAGUUGGGAUUAUAUACGAGUAGAAAACCACGCAUCUGGCCUGACUUACGUUUGUCCUGUUACCGAGCAAAUAAUCGAGAAAUUAGCGAUUCGGUAUGAAAUAAAUGCCACCAUGCGACCUCUUGAAUUGAACUCGUUUCUUCAUAAGGAUGAAAAAUCAGGGACGAUCAAGAACGAAGAUGUACGUGACAAAAUUUUGCAAGAGGUUGGAUAUAAUAAGUAUUAUGAUUUAUGAGAAAACUGUGAGAACUUUAUGUAAGAAUGUGGUUGUAAAUAAAUAUGUAGAAAAUCUA